AUGGCUCCGGCUUUGACAGGUUCCACAACGGAAUAUCUGGCAGCCGCUGCCAAACCUACCUCGAACCUAGUUGCGCCUGAGCCUGAGCACUGUCCAGGUCCUGAAUCCGAACAAGCCGGCCAAGGCGAUGCGUGCGUAGGAUGUCCGAACCAGUCGAUUUGCGCCUCUGCGCCCAAAGGGCCUGACCCAGACAUUCCCCUCAUCACUGCACGACUGUCGCAAGUCAAACACAAAAUUCUAGUUCUGUCCGGCAAAGGAGGUGUAGGCAAGUCGACAUUUUCGACGCUGCUGGCUUAUGCUUUCGCCUCGAAUCCCGAAUCUACCGUCUUUGUGUGCGACACCGAUAUCUGCGGCCCGUCUAUUCCAAAGAUGAUGGGUGUUGAAGAGGAGUCGAUCCAUGUUAGCAAUGCGGGUUGGAGCCCUGUUUGGGUGACGGAUAAUUUGGGAGCUAUGAGCAUCCAAUUCAUGCUUCCAAAUCGAGACGACGCCAUCAUCUGGCGCGGCCCCAAAAAGAAUGGGUUGAUUAAACAGUUUCUCAAGGAUGUGGAAUGGGGAGAGGCGGACUAUCUCAUUGUGGACACUCCUCCUGGCACGUCGGAUGAACACCUCUCGGUCAAUUCACUUCUUCAGGAAGCCAAAGUCGACGGCGCCGUACUGGUGACCACGCCUCAGGAAAUGUCAUUGUUGGAUGUUCGCAAGGAGAUUGAUUUCUGCCGCAAAGCUGGCAUCCGUAUUCUGGGGCUAGUCGAGAAUAUGGCUGGGUACGUGUGUACCUCGUGCAAGACGACUUCAUAUAUUUUCCGACCCACGACUGGCGGGGGUCGGCGGCUAGCGAAAAAGACGGGCAUUCCUUUCCUAGGGUCUGUUCCACUGGAUCCUCGUGUGGGUAUGGCCUGUGAUUUUGGCGAAAGCUUUGUCGACAGUUAUCCAGACAGCCCGGCGUCUAAGGCUAUCCAGGCUGUGGUCCGAGCCGUCGGAGAACAACUAGGAGAAGAUCCCGAGAAGGUUCUCCCGGCUAGCCUCUCGUGA